UCCAUUUUGGACGGUCAUUCAAAUUUCAAAUAUUCUCUCUCCUAAAAACACUCUCUGGUUUUUUGCAUUGUAAAAUUUAACGUUUCUGCUUCUGCAUGUGCCUUCUGCUCCCUCCUUCCUUCCUUCCUUCCUUCCCGCGCGCUCUCUCUCUCCCCCGCCCCCUCCCUCUCUGUUUCACUUUCAUCUAUUAAUUCCUCUUCUUUAUUGUUCGAAUCCAUAAAAAUUAUAGACUCUGUCUCCUCCUCAAACAUCAAUCAAACAUGUCUGAUUCUACUCCAUGGUUCUAUUCCUACCCCACGAAACUCCGAUUCUUUGCUCGCAUCCGACGCUUUCUUCAACUGAAGACCGCCGGAAAACGUUCCAGAUCCUCCGAUAGCUUCAAUAACGCCGGAGCAGAAAAAGAAGAAAAGAAAGAGGGACCAAAGAUUAUGGGAAUCGAAGACUCCAUCGGAACAGAGGAAGAAUUGGUUGUGUUGCAGAGAUCCGUAAAACAACUUCACUUCGGAAGCUUGGAAGAUAAAGAUGCUGCGAUUAAAGAAAUCAAGAGAUUGGCCGGAGAGGAUCUGAAGACUAGGAAAUCGAUCGCUGGUCUCGGCGUUAUACCGUCGCUUGUCUCUUUGCUUGACUCGGACGUGUUGGCUCGCCGGCUUCUCGCGAUUCAGGCGUUAAUUGAACUUGCUAAUGGCACUUACACCAACAAGGCUCUCAUGGUGGAGGCAGGGAUUUUUUCAAAAUUGCCGGGAAGCAACCUCGAUACGCUAGAUGAAUCGUUUCGCCAAGAAUUUGCAAUGCUUCUGCUUUCUAUUUCUGCUCUAGCUACUACUCAAUUCCCCGUUGAAUCGUCGAAAAUGCUUCCAUUUCUCAUUGGGAACCUUAAUUCAAAGGCAGGAAUUGAAGCCAAGGAAGCUUGCUUAGGGACCCUAUACAACCUCUCCACUAUGUUAGAUAGCAUAGGACCAUUGGUUUCUAAUGGUGCAGUACCAACACUACUGAGCUUAUGCUCGGAUAAAGAUGCCUGUGAGAAAGCCCUUGCAAUUUUGGGGAACUUGGUGGUGACCAUGAUGGGUAAGAAAGCCAUUGAAAAUGAUCCCAUGGUGCCAAAGAGCUUCAUUGAGAUUAUGACAUGGGAAGAGAAACCCAAAUGCCAGGAAUUAGCUGCUUAUGUUUUGAUGAUCCUAGCACAUCAAAGCUCAGCCCAAAGAAAUAAAAUGACACAGUUAGGAAUUGUUCCUGUUCUUCUUGAAGUUGCUUUGUUGGGGAGUCCUCUGGCUCAGAAGAGAGCAUUGAAAAUUUUGCAAUGGUUCAAAGAUGAAAGGCAAACAAAAAUUGGAGCACAUUCUGGGCCUCAAACAGGAAGGAUAAUGAUAGGUUCCCCAAUAAACCAAAGCCAGACCAGGGAAGGCAAGAAAUUGAUGAAGAGUAUGGUGAAGCAAAGUCUGGACAAGAAUAUGGAAUUGAUUACAAGGAGAGCAAAUGCUGCCCCUGAUUCUUCUAAGCUCAAGUCUUUGGUCAUUAGUUCAAGUUCUAAGAGCUUGCCCUAUUAAUGAAACACUCCUAACAUGCACAUCUUCUCAAUUUUAGUUCACAUAUGAUGGUUGUAUAUUUCUGGGGACAAAGAUGGUUACUCAAUCCCCAAACCCUGUUCUUGUAAGCCAACCAUAUGGAUCAUGUAUGGAUGUAAGUAGCACAAGUUGUGGCAUUCGAUGUUGGAGACUCAAAAUUUGAGUCUGUUGUAUGUACAUGUUGAGGCAAUGUUGAUGCCACAUCCAAGGACGUACGGAUUAGAAACAGAUACUGGAUUAGCCACUGCCAUACAA